AUGAAGGCGCCUCCAUCUUCCUCCUUCCUAUUGUUGCUCCUGCUGUUCUUCCCUUCAAGCGGCCUUGCCGCCCCCAAGGAUUUCAACUAUGAAGUGCAAGUUCUUAUGACGAUCAAGAGCCUCCUCAAGGACCCCCCAUGGGAAGCUCCAAGCAAGGACCUUUCUGGCCUGCUCUCCCCGAGCAUAGGGAACCUGACAAAACUUGAGACACUUCUGCUGCAGAACAACAACAUAAUUGGGCCAAUCCCAACAGAGAUUGGCAAGUUAGCAAAGCUCAGGACACUUGUUCUUUCCAGUAACAAAUUACAUGGUACAAUCCCAAACUCCUUAGGCUGCCUUGGAAGCCUUCAGUACAUAGACUUGUCGUACAAUAACUUGAGUGGUCCAAUACCAAAAACGUCUGCAAGAACGUUCAACAUAGUCGGGAAUCCUCUUAUCAGUGCUGCAGAACAGGACUGUGACAGGACAGUGCUGAAACCAAAGGUCUAUCCUUAUAUCGCUGGUGAACAGUAG